AUGGCAGAAGACAAAAAGAAAUUCCCAUUACCUCCCGGAGUAGGAGCAGGUAAACCCGAUCAUCCGUUCGCAGUAACGGUGGAAGAUCCCAUCCCAAAUGCAAUUGUACCUGAUGGAUAUGGGAUCAAGUAUCAUGCGUAUCACACGAUCUUACCUGCCGGUACAUCCUUACCUGGUGGAGCGGUACUUCCAAUGUCAUCAGUUGCUGAUUUCCCGAUGGUCUUACCUAUGGGUACCAAAUUACCUGGAGGAGUCAUGGUUCCUAUCGUGAUGCAGAAAGUAGAGAAAAAAUCAGUUGCCGCUUCUGAUCCACCAGGACCAAUCUGUUCCAUCCAAUAA